AUACACCUGAUACCCAUGGUAUCAUCAUCGCAUCCAUCAACACCCAGCACCAUGAUGUACAUCAUUGUCAGUGUGUACCUGAUAAGUUUACUUCUUAGACCAGGAUAUGGUGAACAUUUAAAAGCCCGUUUGGUUGAUGGAACAGCUUCAGCAGGUCGGUUAGAAAUACUUUACAACGGAACUUGGGGCACAGUGUGUGAGACAUAUUCUUUUGACAACACAGAAGCUCUGGUUGCCUGUCGGAUGUUAGGGCUAAACAGCACAAGAGCAAGAGCUGUAUCCUCAUACAGAUACGGGGAAGGUUCAGGUCCAAUUUUGUUUAGUAACCUGGACUGUCAAGGACACGAAUCUAGUCUGGAGCAAUGUUGGUACAGAGAUGUCUACAACAACGACUGUAGCCACUGGAACGAUGUCGGCGUCGUCUGCCGCACUAUUUCAGAUCAACAGUUAACAGCCCGUAUAGUUAAUGGAACAUCAUCAGAAGGUCGUCUAGAAAUAUUUUACAACGGAGCUUGGGGCACAGUGUGUGGCAGAGAUUUUGGACGCAGAGAAGCUCUGGUUGCCUGUCGGAUGUUAGGGCUAAACAGCACCAUAGCACUACCUGUAUCCUCAUUAAAAUACGGGGAAGGUUCAGGUCCAAUUUUUCUGAGUGACCUUUAUUGUGAUGGUAACGAAACUAGCCUGGAGCAAUGUUUGCACGGAGGAUUUUACAACAACUACUGUAUCCACUUGUUUGAUGUCGGUGUCGUUUGCGAAACGAAUGGACAGAGGACUGCACGUCUGGUUGGCAAAACAUCCAAGGCGGGACGUCUGGAGAUAAAGUUCAAUAGACAGUGGAUCGGAGUGAGUUACAAACGUUUUACACCGCAGGAGGCGCAGGCUGUCUGCAGGAUGUUAGGAUUCAACAGCUCGAGCUCUGCAGUUGUGCUACCAUACAUUUUCGGAGCAGAUCCAGGUUUUCGAUAUGAAUACUUGAAAUGUAAAGAACCGGCUACCAGCCUUGAAGAGUGCGAGCUUGGAGAUGUAGUGGAAUCGUUUCCGUGGAAGGGAUAUUCCGAAGAGAGUGCGAAUAUCGGUGUCAUGUGUGACGAGAGUAAUGAUAGCGAGCCGAUGAAAGCACGUCUGGUUAACGGGACAUCUGAGGCAGGGAGACUAGAGAUAUUUUCGAAAGGAGAAUGGGGAAUAGUGUGUGGCGAGAGCUUUGGAAAGGAAGAGGCGGAAGUGGCUUGCAACAUGUUAGGAUUCAAAGGUUUUAAAUAUAGCACUGGAGCAAGAGCUGUCCAUGCAGACAUAUACGGGCAAAGUUCAGGUUUUGUUCUUCUCAGAAACGUGAACUGCACGGGAACAGAAAACACUCUGGAACAGUGUACCCAAGCUCGUUUUUCCUUUUCCUGUUUUCCUGUUGGUGUCAUCUGUAAUAUUACUGAACAAGUGACUGUGCGUUUGGUUGGGAAAACAUCUAAAGCUGGACUAUUGGAGAUAUAUUUCAAUGGAAAUUGGAACACAGUCUGUGACGAUGAAAUUGGAAAGGAAGGUGCUGAGGUAGUUUGUAGAAUGUUAGGAUUUAACAAGUAAGUAACCACCAUUUCGUAUCUGCAUACUAAAAUCACAAUCUUUGAAAUCGCAAAAAACAACUAUCAACCAUAUAAGCAGUUUGGCAUUUUUUUCAAAAUUGAUAACGUCACAAGUCGUAAUUGCAAAUAAGGAAAACCCAGCACAUCUAUCAGAAACCUUUCAU